AUGGCGGCUGGUACGGAUCAACUGACGACGGAAACAGAUCCACCCGUCACUCUCCUGCUCCCGUCUGCUGCAGAUGACGUCAUAGACAACUUUGUGACCGAGGUCCUGUACACCGACAUCAUCAGCGAGGAAACGGCCCAGCUACUGCAGGUUAUCCUCAUCUGCGCAUGCGCAGGCGCCGUCAGCCUUCUGGGAACGGCGGCUAAUCUGGUCAACAUUUACAUAUUUAUGUUGCAGGGCCUGAACGACUCAGUGACCAUCAGUCUACUGGGACUGACCAUCUCUGACCUCUGCUCCCUACUGGCCAUGGUCUGGCUGUCCAUCUGCUUCAACCCCCUCGUGCGCUACUCGCCGGAUAUCUCCUUCAACUCCAUCGAUGUCCAGUACCUCACGGCGUGCUGGCCUCACAUCUGUUUCGCCAGGAUCACCAGCUGGAUAACGGCCUACAUCACGUUCGAGAGAUGCCUGUGUAUCGCCAUGCCGCUCAAGGUCAAGCAGACCAUCACCCCCAGGCGCACCGUCUACGUCAUCACCUUCAUCUACCUGACCGUGUUCCUCAGUGUCUCACCUGUCUACAAAGGCCUAGGUCUCGGCCCGUCAUUUAACGUCAAACUCAACCGAACCAUGUUUGCUCUUGUAUACGCCAGCGAUGGACAAUACCUGUUGAGUAUCUCAAACAGCAUUGCCGUCAUCGUCCAGGUCUCUUCGUUUGCUGUGGUCAUUCUAUGCACCGUCAUCCUGACCAAAACACUGGCAGUCAAAUCAAAAUGGAGGGCAGAGUCCGGAAACGCUGCUGCCCUGAGCUCUUCAACAGAAAGAGAUAGAAAAGUAAUUCAAAUGGUGACUUUAAUAUCCACCAUCUUCAUCGUCUGUUUUCUCCCCUGUAUAUUUCACCUCCUGCUUGAAAUCUGCUACCCGGCAUACAGCAUCAGGGGACGUUACCGGAACAGUUACGUGGUGUGCUGGUCAUGUAUGAAGACCUUAGAAGCCGUCAAUAGUUCCAUUAGUAUCUUUGUUUACUAUAAAAUGAGCUCGAAAUAUCGAGUCGUGUUCAGGGAGGCUUUGUUUAAACGCGAGCCCAUUAAAAAGAUCAGUAAUUGAGUUCCGGGACUAUCAGUAUAAACAGAUUAGAAUUUUAGCACACUAGAACGUGGUUCGUAGCACGAGA